UUCGGAGACGAGAAGACCCGCCAAGGGCGCUAUCACUGGGGUACUCCGUGUGAGAAAUCGGAUACUGUGAAAAGUGUUGUGAAGUGUGGAAAGCAAGUGUUUCGCGAUGGGACUGAAUUUCGAGGAAAAUAGAUCUCUAACCUCGAGAAAGUUUCCGAUACAUUUUACACCUUGAUUCGGAAAUAUCGCGUUGUUAAUUCCGUGUCAAUAAAAAGAGCAUAUGUCCGAACUGCCAGAAUGCACCCACGGUUAACGAGAACAAAUAUCUACUAGAUAUGACUUAUAUAACUUAUAUAGAUAUAACUUAGAACCAAGUUUGAUCGAAGUGUGAAGCGUGAAUGUGUCUGACGAAAGAUGGGUACGAAUAGCAAAUCAAUCCCCAUUUUGGAAACGGGAGACUAUCACAAGGAAAGAACGCCACUGCUUAACCCUGGCGAUUAUCCAAGACUGUACAAUUAUCCACCGGACAAUCCAACGCAUACGUUCACCAGGAGGAGAUCCAGAGUUCGAGAACGUCUAAGGUUCAUCUUGAAGAACGUGACGGUUGAGCCUUUUAUGCUGUUGAACGUGUUGGCUUGGACGCUGCAGACGACGCUCGUGACGAACCUUGUGCUUGAAAAGGUAUGCGAGAGGCGGCACAACCACACUUCCGCCGAGUGCCAAAACAUCUCCAGCCUCGGAGCCCCAGAAGAAGGCGCCAUCCAGCGCGAGGCCACCUGGCUCCUGAUGGUGCAGGAGCUAGUGGCCAACAUGCCCGCUGUGCUCUACGUCCUCGUGCUGGGUUCCUGGAGCGAUAAAUACGGGAGAAAACUGCCCAUGUUACUUCCCUUUGUUGGGAGUUUCUUGGCGACUGCCAUUUACAUGACGAACGCCCUGCUGUGGUGGCUCCCCGUGGAACUGGUGGUCCUGGCCGGCAUCCCCCGAGGUCUGAGUGGCGGCCUCAUUACCCUCCUCAUGGCCACUUAUUCGUACGUGUCCGACCUCUCAGGCCUCCAGUCCCGCACCCUCCGCAUCGCUUUCCUGGACUUCGCGAUGUUCGUCGGCGCUCCUCUGGGCCUCUUCCUCAGCAAUCUCAUCUUCUCCCACUUCGGCUACGUGGGCGUGUUCAGUAUCAGCGGCGCGGGCUUCCUCCUCAGCGUGGUGUACAUCGUCCUCCGCAUCGAAGACUCGCGCGAGCACCACGGGGCCAAGUGCGACAUGGUCCGCGACCUCUUCGACCUGACCAAUGUACGCGCCACGCUGAGUGUGGCCACCAAGCGGAGAAAGGGCUAUGGCCGGGCCAAGAUCUUUGCGCUGAUGUUCGCCAUGUGUCUCCUGCUGUUCAUCAUUGGUGGAGCGCAUUUAGAAUAUCUGUUCGUCAAGAAGAAGUUUAGUUGGACCUACGAGCAAUUCGUCCACUUGAGUAUAUUUGACAUCGUGUUCGGAAGCGUGGGGACCUCUAUGCUACUGCCUAUCCUGAGUUACAAACUGGGGAUUGCAGACAGCAUUUUAGGAUUACUGGGCUGUGCGAGUAAGAUCUCUGGCCUGGUGCUCAUGGCCCUCAGCCCAUCCUCGUGGUAUAUGUAUGUCGCAUCGGUCGUGUCGUUUCUGGCCGGUCUGCCGCUCAUCGUGACGCGUUCGGUCAUCAGCAAACUCGUGCCGGAAGAUGAGGUCGGAGCCGUGUUCUCCCUCUUGGCUUCUUGGGAGGCACUGGUCCCUCUUUUCUCAGGCCCUGUCUACACUUUCGUCUACUCUCACACCAUCGACGUCUUCCCGGGAGUUAUCUACUUCGUCAGUUCGGGAGCGACUGCCAUCGCUGCUUUGAUAUACCUUGUCAUCUCUACGUCAAGAAGCCGUGUUUAAUGUAAGUUUUAAAAUAAA